UAUUCAGCUUGCUUUUCUCUUUUUCUUUCUAGACAUUCAUCAGGAUAUUUAUAUAUAAAUAUAUAUCUAACUAUUUCUUUUGUCUCUUUGAUUAUCGGUCUUUUCUUCACCUUUACCUCAACCUGCCUAGCAGUUAGGCGAGAGAGAUCAAAAGCAGGAUCGCAUGCAGCAGCCAUGGAAGAGAAGAGGGAGGAUGACCUGAUAAGCUCCUCUACCACCAUCAGCCAAAAAUGAAAUCCGGUGUAUUAAUAAAGCAUCACCCAUCUCAUCAGGAGUCGACAGGAUCAAGUUAGGCGAGAGAGAUCAAAAGCAGGAUCGCAUGCAGCAGCCAUGGAAGAGAAGAGGGAGGAUGACCUGAUAAGCUCCUCUACCACCAUCGGCCAAAGAUGAAAUCUGGUGUAUUAAUAAAGCAUCUUCCAUCUCAUCAGGAAUCGACAGGAUCAAGGGACAAAUAACAGUGACUUCAACUUUGCAUCGGCAAUCAAAACCCUACAAGGAAUACCUUCUUUUCGUCUCUACCCUUCCCUUCUUCUUUCUUCUUGCUGUUCAAUCUCUUUUUAUCUUACAAUUUAUCACCAUAUCUCUUUUGGCUUUAUUCGAUCUUUAUCAUCAUCUAGAUCAAACCCCAGAUCUGCCUUUUUUCUAAUACAUAUAGAUAGAAGCAAAUACUUUAGCUUCAUCAUGCAAUAUAGAAACCCAAACCCUUGAAAACAAGCAAGAAAUUAAAGAGUUUAACAAGGUGGAUCCGAGGCAUGCAUAGAAAGAGGCCAUUUCCUGGUUCUGAUGAGGGAAAGCAAGAUCAAAUCUUGUAUACUCACCACCAACCAUCUCUUCAUGAUCAAGGCCAAUCGAUUCUUGCUCAUGCCAUGGCCAGUAAUCACAGGCUGGAUGAACAUGUUCAAGAAAAUAUGGGGUCUGCUAGGAUCGAACAUUGCACUUCUCAGACUACAAAUAACACUGAUCAAGGGAAUAUGAGAAGAAAACACUAUAGAGGAGUGAGACAAAGACCAUGGGGAAAGUGGGCAGCCGAAAUCCGUGACCCAAAGAAGGCUGCUCGUGUCUGGCUUGGAACCUUUGACACGGCAGAAGCUGCAGCAGCUGCCUAUGAUGCAGCAGCCCUUAAGUUCAAAGGCACAAAAGCUAAGCUAAAUUUCCCUGAACUUGUUCAAGGAGGAUCUCAUAUCAAUUUAGGCAGCAGCAGCUUCUUGGCUGCAGCACCUAAUUACCAAAACCCGCUUCUUGUUCCUAAUAAUAAUAAUCUUCUUGUUUCUUCCUCAUCAUCAAUUGCUAACAUUAAUCCUGCUCCUCAUGAUCCCUUUUCACCUCCAUCGACAAAUGAAGCAUUCCCAAACCUUUUCCAGUUUGCGCAGCUGCUUUCUGGCAACGAUGAUAGCUAUCUACAAUAUGCUGCACCUUCAGGUCUUUGCUAUAAUUAUAAUCCUGAACCAUUUCUUUCAGGAUCUUUCUCAAUGGCCUCUUCUUCACCCUCAGCUUCUUUAUCUGGAGUAAACCAACAACAACCGGAACAAGAUUUUUCGAGGUCUUUUCCACAUAUGGCUGCUGGUUUUUCUUCUGCUACUCACCAUCAUUUUCUUGAUCAGGAGAGAGACUUUGAUGAUGCUACUCCGAGGGAUUGAUUAACGUAUGAUUAGGGUUCAUGACUCUACGUUCUACAAGAUGCUGCGCUUCUUGGAUCGUGAUCCAUAUCCCAGGUCACAUCUUUGUUUGAAACUGAAAAUGAAAUGCAAUUUCCUUUUUUUGGUGGAAACAAAGUUUAGGUGAGCUUAUAAAAAAAAAAAAAAAAGUUUAGGUGAGUGAAAGCUUCCAAUUUACAGUCUACGAAUCAGCGUAAACUUUAUUGAGGGAUUGGAGACUACAGUGAAGUUUACAGAUCUCUCGUUAAGAGAGAUUAUUAGUAAAACUCAAUCUCUCAAUUUAAUGGGAGUGCUGAAGAAAUAUUACCAAUUAAGCCAACCCAUAUUUAUGUGUAUUUAAAUAACUUGAACUUGGAUAAACAUGAAUGAUAUCUAUAUUUUAUGAA